AAAAACGGGAGCUAUGAGCGAACAGCGCAAGCGCGUCUUGAUGGGACUGCUGCUACUGGUGUGCGUCCUGAGCGAGCACUGCGGCGAGAGCGCGCCCUCUCCGGCGACGAGAGCGCACGGCCGGAACGCGCCUCGGAACCUGAAGCGCGUGGGGGGGAUUGUGAGGCACGUGGAGGAGAGACGGGGACGCCUUGGCACCUUCAGAACGGAAGCCCCAUUAACGUCACGGGCUGGGAGAUCGUCGGUGCAGCUGAGGGGUUUCCGUGGCAGAACGGAGAGAGUGAAACAGGCUGUCGUUUUAGAUCAAAAGAUGAAGCAGAAAAUAAUCGAAAUUUUAACAGGUCCCCUUGACUUCAGCUUGUGCCCAACAGAUGCCUACAAAAUGUAUCACCACACCAGAGACUGCACGAUACCUGCAUACCUCAAAAGAUGUGUACGGCUUCUCAAACAGCUAGCCAGCAGCCGGCAGUGCAAAGGGUAGCAGAUACACACAAGGUUGAAACCAAACACGAGCGCUCCAGAAAAAAAACAACAACGUUGCUUUGGGUAAAAAGUGCCUUGGACAGUGAGAGGGAAACCUAAAUCUAACCAGCCUGAUUGGGUCAGUUUUGUCCCUCACUUGGGUUCCUUCUGCUGAGGAGAAAAUCGCUGCCAAUCACCACCUUGGCUGGGCCUGGAGGGUUAGCCGUCCCCACAUGGAAGCAAACGAAUACCCAGACCUGGAAAACGAUGGUGGAAGUGGCGAGUGGACAAGAGAUCAAAGAUAAACAAAGGGGUGGUUUUUUUUUGUUUAUUUCCCCUUGACUGGAUCCAAAAAAGAUGUGGGAAAAGAAUGACGUGCCUUUUACAAUAUGCUUGCCCUGUUUGAGUGUUUUAGGGUGACUUUGACCCUUCUACCACUAAGAUCCAAAGAAGUUCUCACGGACCCAGUGACAUCACAUGGUGCCACUUGCUUUUCAGAAUGAACAGUCAUCAUUGUUGCAUCUUUGUGCAUCUUGAUCUUAACGAAUCACACGCUGUGGGCAGACUAAUCUUGGGUGCAGCAGCAUGGGAAAGCCUAUGUUUAUGUAUUUUAUCUCCAUGAUACAUAAAACAUAGGCCAUGCUCUGUUAAACCAGGAGGAUGGUGUACAUACUGUAAAUGCAAGCAUAGGAAGACUCCACCUCACCACCACAAACAAACAUGGCUAUAGCAAAAGGGUGUUACAUAAAAGUGUAUAAAUAUAUUUAAAAAAUGAAAUAUAUUUAAAUAAAUUAUGAGAUUGUUACAAACACGACUCUGUUCCAUUGCUUUGUGCAGUAUUUUAUGCUGCAUUCCCAUCUUGAAGUGAGGAAUCACCACAUGACUGGAACAGGUCCCAGGACUGCAGAUCCGGUGAACUUUCCCACUGUUGCU